CAGCGGCUAGCUGCAGGGGUUCUUUUUGUCGUUACACGACGAGUCGGGGAUAGGCGCUUCUCAGCUUAAGGUUGCCUUUCAGUGUUGGCAUGGCUCAUCGCCGACUUUUAUUCCUACAUUGAGGGACAAACUCAACUUGAUCUCACUGUCUCAUGAAACAUUCGCUCCUCAAUCACUCAGUCUCACAUCCGCCCAAUUUUGACUCCCGUAUUGGCUAGCACAUUGCAAGCAUCUCAACCAGUCCAAGUUCUCAGCACGCCACCGAAAGGAUGUCAUCGAACUCGGAUUCGACCCCAAAACCGAAGGCCAGCCCUCAACAACAACAACAACAACAGGGAGCGCCUCCCCAGAUCAGCAUGAGACCGUCCAAAUCGAUCCUGACGGCGAUCUUCUUCUGUGAGUUGGGUCCGACUUCGGCACCCCCUCGACUUUCAGAGUCUGCUCCGCAACCAUGCGUCGAGCCUCGCAGGUCUGGCGGAGCAUGCUGUUCGGUCCGUGGAAGGAGUCCAAGCCGGCACAGGGUGACUGGGACGCCUCGCUCCCAGACGACAAGCCAUGCGCAACGCGAGUUCUUCUCUCCAUCGUUCAUGGCACAUUCUGCAAUGUCCCCAAGACGGUAGGGGUUGUCCAACUCUACGAUAUUGUAUUGCUCGUCGACAAAUAUGCGCUACUCCGCGCCCUGCAGCCGUGGGUGAAUCCAUGGGAACGACUCAUGAAAGCUCACGCAACCUGGAAGCUCGGGAGUGAGGAACUGCUCUCUGUCACUAUCCGGGAUCUUGUCUGGGGCAUGACUGUGGGAUCCACGGACGACGACGGCGGGGCCAGUGCUGCCUCGUACGCAGGCGGUGGCCUCCUCACAUUCGAGGAACAUCUGGGGCCUCCUGACUUGUUGGAGAUGGUGACGAAACUCCGCCUCUCUGUGAUCCAGGAUAGCCUCGAUUUCUUCAACCGGGAACUGGAUGCCCGCAGCCACACCCAUCCCGCCUGGCCGCUGACUGCCUCGCCCAAACGUAGAGCCUCGCUCACGAGUGCAAGCCACUGUGACGCGGUCAUCCUCGGUCGUAUUUGGUGGUCCUUCCGGCAGUUGAACGAGGAUUUACUUCCUCGACAUGCGAGAGAAUAUUCCAAGAGCGCCUUUCAUCCCCUGUGGCUUCUGUCGGACACGUUCACCGUCAAAAUGAAGGCGAUGCCCGCCCUGGACGGGUAUCGCCACGAUGGGUGUAUUCCCCUGGAGAAAUGGUCAAAGUUCAAGGCCGCCACGAGAAACCACGAGCGGUUGAAGAAUUUCUUGCAACCGCAUCUUAAAAAGCGCCUGGCAGCGCAGCGGGCGAAGAUAGGGCUGUGAGACUUGCCCGCAGUUUGAGGUUCUGGACUCUAGACGCGAUGGCAGUGGGAAUCUCACCAUGGGCCUCUAGCGCCGCGCUCUUCUCCGGUGCGGGUAACCCCUUUUAUUACAUGUAGUAAUGCUCCGAUGUGCGGAAGGAUUGCGGACAUGAGGAUGGUUAUAUGCCUUGAAGCGGCGGAAGAUGUACAUUAGGUCUGAUAUGUCACGAUUCCAACCAUGCUGUCCCGUGCAACUUGGGGUUUAUUACCCCGGAUGAAAAGGUCCUUGCAUUAGCACAAUUGAUUUCGCCGACCUUCGCAAAACCAUCAGAGGCCCGUUGAUUAUUUGUCUG